ACAAUACAAUGUGAGUUACAAAUACAAACAUUCUUUCUCUUAACACUACAAACAUUUAUGAAAUUUUACACAGUUACAUAUUCAUAUAUUUAAUAUUUACGAUAACAAAUUAUCAACAAUCAAAAGCAUUUAAAAGAUGUGUGCCUUCGUGUUAUAUUAUCAAAGACUAUUCUAUUAUUAGAAAAUCAAUAAAAGCAAAUCAACUGUUUGGCCAUGAAUCCCAAAAUCAAAUUGGGUAAAAAGGCUGGAUUUGCUAGCUUUGUUCUUCCACGCAAGCCCUCCAAUAAGGUAGGAAUAUCUGUUACAAGAAGUCAUAGUGCCAGAGAGCAGAGUAUGGAUCAUGUAAUUAUUUCAGAAGUCACAAAUGAUUUAGCCAUUUCAAGAAGACCCUUAAGCUUUGAUGUUAAACGUAAAAAAAUGCAGGAUAUUAAAAAGUUGACAACAAAUAAUUUGGAUAGGCACAACAGUUUAUCUGACAGUAAUGUGUGUGGUAAUUGCAAUGAUGCAAUACCAGCUGGCAAAUCUAGGGAAAAAUCAAUAUCACAUGAGAACCUACUGGAACAUAAAGGAUUUAAUCCAUUUCACCUAAUUCCUAUAAGUAAAGCGAGACAAAGGAACUUUUUGCAGGGUAAAAUCGGUGCUAAUUCUCUACUAGGUCCUAGUGAAUUGGACAGAGUAUGUCCUAAUCGUGAAAUAACUAUUUUUGUAGGUACUUGGAAUAUGAAUGGACAUUCUCCACCACAAGAACUGAAUGAUUUUGUCCUACCGGUUAGCAUGGAACACGUCCCAGACAUUCUUUCUUUCGGGACUCAGGAAUCAACUUCAGAAAGGUUUGAGUGGGAAGCCAGUUUACAAGAAACUAUAGGACCAUCACAUCUACUUUUACAUUCGAUAUCGUUAGGUACAAUACAUCUUGCAACGUUUAUAAGACGAGAUUUGAUAUGGUACGUUUCAGUACCCGAAGAAUCUAGCUUGUCAGUACGACCAGGAACAGCAUUUCGAACAAAAGGUGCAGUUGCUACCUCCUUUAUGAUAUUUGGAACGUCGUUUUUAUUUGUAACUGCACAUUUGACUGCCCACGAAGAAAAGGUAAAAGAGAGGGUGUCAGACGUGAAAAAGAUUGUACAUUGUAUGGACUUGCCGAAGGUACUGCCAUGUAAAAAUAAAAGCGAAGAUAUAACGCAGAAUUUCGACUACGUCUUCUGGUUUGGCGAUUUAAACUUUAGAUUAGCAACACCGAGAGCAAAAGUACUUGAGUGGUUAUCCAAUACUAGUUUUCCCCUACCGGCACAUCUACCUCAUGGAUACAUGCAUCACGACCAACUUUGUUCGGUUUUAGCAGACGGUGCAGCAUUUCGUGGCUUUAAUGAAGCUAAAAUUAGUUUUCCACCAACGUACAAAUAUGACCCGGGAACACAAAAUUUCGACUCAUCAUCUAAAAAUCGAACACCUGCGUACACAGACCGAAUAUUAUUCAAGCAAAAAAACUGCCGGAGAUUUAGUGGUGCUCUCGAAAAUCCACCCCUGCAAUGUUUGGUAUACGAUUCAGUUCCUUCUAUAACAACUUCCGAUCAUAAACCUGUCUGGGGAGUCUUUAAAGCUCAUCUUCGGCCUGGUUUAGAUACGAUUCCUUUGGCAGCUGGAUUAUUUAAUAGAGAAGUUUAUCUAGAAGGCUUGAAAAGACGUGCAACUACCUUAAAUAGUACGAAAGCGAAUACAUUAAUAUGUUCCAUACAAUAAGUAUUAAUGAAAGUAUAUUAAUGAAAUUGUUCCAAAUGUUAGCUGUAUAUUGAAAUUCCAUUUUGAAUUAAAUGUUUUCUGUUAA